GAGUCAUCUUUAUGCAAGGUUGAGUUGCAAAAAUUUACUGUCAUGUCCAUGGUUGGAUAAUAGGAUAAUAUAGAAGCAUCAGCGAACUUGUUUUAUGUAAACACAAACGACCUGUGGACUUAGCAGGUGAUAAUAACACAUGGGUGGUCCAUUGUUUCAAAAUUUAUUAACAGUGCUGCUAUUACUAUAAAGUGACAAUUAUAAUUUUAUGUGUCUUAGCUAUUCAAUAUUACGCAAAUGGCGCUAAAGAACAAAUCACUUUCGAUUGUCUAAACUAUGGAGUUGAAUAAUUGACAUUGGACUUCCUGUGCAAUGACCCGAAAUUUCAAAGUUUUCCUUUCUAAUUGAAAAGAAAAAAAAAUAAAACCAAAAACAAAACCACAUUGAAUUGUCUUUUACAUUGAAGAAUAGUCUUUAAAUAUAUUUAAACAUCAAUUCAAGAUGGCUGGGCUAUGGAAAUCAAUUUCAGACAAUUAUCGCUGGCUGAUGGACGAAAAAAGUGACCCAAGAGUCAAUAAUUGGUUUUUGAUGAGCAGUCCAUUUCCUACUCUCUUUAUAUGCCUUUCUUAUGCUUACUUUGUUAAAGUGCUUGGACCAAAGAUUAUGGAAAAUCGAAAACCUUUCACUCUUAGAAAAGUUCUGCUAGUCUAUAAUUUUUUCCAAGUGUUAUUAUCGACUUGGCUAUUUCAUGAGGCCCUGGCAAGUGGUUGGUGGAAUGACUAUUCAUUCAGGUGUCAACCAGUUGAUUACUCUAACAAGCCAAAAGCAUUAAGAAUGGCUGCUGGUUCUUGGUGGUACUUUAUUUCCAAGUUUACGGAAUUUUGGGAUACUUUUUUCUUCGUUUUACGGAAGAAAAAUAAUCAAAUUACGACUCUUCAUGUUAUUCAUCAUGGAAUUAUGCCGAUGUCUACAUGGGUUGGUGUAAAAUUCCUCCCUGGUGGUCAUGCAUCCUUCUUCGGACUCUUGAACACAUUUGUACAUAUCGUAAUGUAUGGAUACUAUUAUCUUGCUGCCCUUGGACCCCAAAUUCAACCAUAUCUCUGGUGGAAGAAAUACCUCACAACUCUUCAAAUGGUCCAAUUCAUUCUUGUCAUGGUUCAUGCCUUUCAACUACUCUUUAUUGAAUGUGAUUUUCCCAAACCCUUCGCCUACUGGAUUGGAUGCCAUGCAAUUCUCUUCUUCUUUCUCUUCAGGGACUUUUAUGUUCAAUCUUACACCAAAAAACGUGCAAGAGACGCAGCAGCACUUAAAAUGAACACCAAAAAGACUGAUAAAACUGAAGAUAAUUAUGCUCAAAACUUGGAUAAAUCUAAGAAAGAAACAGGUGUUCUCUAUCCUAAUCAGUACAAAAUGGCUACCGGUUACAUUUCAGACAAUGGUCUGAGAAACCGUGCUUUUAUUGACAAUCACGUAGGGGAAUAAUUAUGAUGAUACUGAUGUAAUGCUCAUUUUAUGUCCAUUUUUUUCAUUAUUGUUCAUUUAUCUCUCAACUACAUUUAUUUUUAAAUGAUAGACAUCUUCGAUCUUCAUCCUCUCUCAACAUUAGUUAAUAUUUUUUAGCUUCAUUAAAUGCAUGUGUGAUUGUUGAUUAAUGAUAAUAUUAAUAUUAAUUACUUUUACAUUCUGAAGCAAAAUUCCAAAGACGUUAAAUUCUUAUUAGUAUUAGGUUGGCUAAUAAAUUUUAUAUUUUUUAUAAAAGUUCAAUGUUGAACUUUGUUCAAUCAACUAGUCACUUGGAUUUUAUUUGUUCGUUUUUAAAUUUCAGCUAGAAAAACAUCUAAAAAACAAUAAUCUUUAUGACAUUGUAUAGAAAAAUUAGUGAAUUUUUUUACUAAAAUUGUAAAUAGAAUAAAAAAGUUAGAAUUUAGUAGCCAAUUUGAUAAGUCAGUUCUUUCGGUAAUUUUUGUAAGAAUAAACAUAAAAAUAUUUAAAAAUAGAAGUUUAGGUAUAAUCAAUGUCUUCAAUCAGAAAACGUGAUAAUUCAUCAUGAUUGACGACUGAGCCAAAAAUACUGAAAUGCUGUAAUAACUACUAAAAAGUAGUAAUAAUAUUUAAAAAUUAAUAUAAGAGAUCAAUAAUUAAUUAAGAAUAUUUUGUACAAUGUAUUUAUUAAUGAGUGUAAUUAUAUUAUG